CCAGUUUGUGACCAAAAAGGUAAUUUUAAAAAGUAAGUAAAAUGGUGUUCAUGUUUUGCCUUUGAAAGCUUACCAAAUUUUUAGCAGUGAGCUCUAUUUUGAAUGAUAUUAUCAUAUACAUUGUGGGAUACAUAUACAACCAGUAGUAGAAGCAGAUUAGAGGGCAAUGGAUAUUGAUGAAGAUCCCUUAAACCACCAAAAUCAAAUGGAAAACAAUCCCUUAAACCAACAAAAUCAAAUGGAAAACAUUCAGUCGCUGCUUGCAUUAGCCAGACAGAAGAUCAACGAAGGAAGUCCAUCUCAAGCAUUACAAGCUGUGGUGAUGGCACUGAAAGCUGCAGGAGGGGAGUCAGCAGUUAUGCAUACCUUACAUAGGGCCCGGGAGUUAUAUAGUAGGAGGAGGGAAUCAAAUCUUUCUGCUGAUCAACUUGCCUCAUUAUUUGCAGAGUGUGCAAUUACUGAAGCGUCACCUAAUGCACCUAUCAGACCAUCACCUUUUAAUAGCAAUCAUAUGAAUGCAGCAUCUCUUCUAGCAGAUACAAGUGGAACCUCCAUAUUAGCAGAAAAUGGGAGAAUGCAAAUUGUAAUGGAUGCUUUUGAAGAUGGUAGCAGUUUUAUUUGCUUGCAAUGUGGAGGCCUUGUGAGCAAUGCACGCAAGGAUGAACACAUUGCAUAUUGGUGCUCUCCUACUCCUUGAUUUGGGAUUACAGACAAGUGUUUCAUGUUUUAGUAAAUCUAUCGCUAUAAUGUCUAUAUGAGAGUUUAAGGAUAGUGGUCAUGAAACUGAGCACGCGAGCACUCUGUAGAUUUCUCUAAUGUAAUAUGUAAAGAUGAUAUCUUUCCAACAGUAUUUGUUUAUGACUGAACUUAGUGUUGCUGUAUCUUUAUGCAAUGGACAUCAAAAUUAUUUACCACCUUCUUGUUGGCAUUCUUUCACAAGAAAGGAGUUAUUAAAUGAAUCAAGUUACGUUCUAGA